AUGUACUGGGCCUUCGCCUCAGUACGCGGCAUUCUCCCAGGUGGCCUCGAAGAAGAACAGCUCAUGCUACCGAUUGCGCCAGCCUUCAAGAAAUACGCGGCCGAAAAGUUCGAAUUCGUUCUGGGCAAGGCGCAGGAUCUGGAGCCAUCCUCCAACUCGGUGACGGUACAAACGAAUGAUGGAGCAGUCAGAAAACUCCAGUACCACACUCUGGUCAUUGCCACCGGCUCCAGCGCCAAGCAAGAUAUGCCGUUUAAGACGGUGAACACCACCGAAGAGACAAAGGACGUGCUGCACGACUGGCAGCAGCGCAUCAAGUCGGCAAAGUCGGUCGUCGUCGCCGGAGCCGGGAUCACGGGCGUCGAGCUCGCAGGGGAGCUGGCCGAGGCGUACGCGAAGACGGGCCAGAAGAAAGUGACGCUCAUCGCGUCGUCAGACCUGCCUCUGGACGAAGGCCUGCGCAAGGACGUCCGGCAGACCGCGAAGAAGACACUCGAGAAGCUUGGCGCCCAGGUCAAGCUCAAUGCGAAGGUGACCAAGGUGGAGGGGCCCGAGUCCGGUCCCAAGACGAUUAGCCUGUCGGUGGGCCGGGGCGGUGAAGAGACGAUCGAGGCGGACGUGUUCAUCCCGACGUACGGGCUCCAGCCCAAUUCGGAGUUUGUGCCCUCAGAUCUGCUCGACCACCGCCGCCACGUGAAGCAGACCAAACACCUCCGCGCCGAGGGCAGCAACAACAUCUUCGUGGUCGGGGACGUUGGCAGUCUCGAAACCCCGCAGGGUAUACAUACCGAAAACCAGAUGAUUCACGCUGUGAAGAAUAUCCAGGCGUACCUAAAAGGCGAGGCCUUGACGGAGUACGUCUUCAGCACUGACCCCUUGUUCAUGGCUUCCAUUGGUAAGGGUGGCGGUGUCGGCCAGGCAAAGGGCUUCAAACUGUUCAGCUUCAUGGUCAAGAAAUUCAAGUCCCAGACUUUGGGUACACAAAACUUCCCAGGCUUUGUCGCAGGACAGAAGACCAUGACGAAAGGGAAGUGGGCAUGA